AUGUCAACCCAAGUAUCUAUCGAGCAAGUCUCACAAGGAGACACCAAGAAUGGCGUCACGGAAAGCCAUAGCCAAAUCAGUUCCGAGGAUGCUAUCCCGCUCACCAAGAUACCAUGGCGCCGCUCCACAGCCUUCCAAGCAGCAGUCAUAGCCGGCGUCUUCUUCUGCGGUCCUGGAAUGUACGGGGCACUGAAUGCGCUCGGGGCCGGUGGACUCAAGAGCCCUCACCUUGUCAACAUCACGAGCGCCAUAUCGUAUGGGCUCAACGUGAUAUUUGCCCUCCUGACGGGAGUCUUUGUCAACAUCCUUGGGGAACGCAUCGUGCUGAGCAUCGGUGUGCUCGGGUUCGCGAUUAAUGGGGCGUCGCUAUACUGCAAUAACAAGUUCCAUACGAUCUGGUUCAUGUACCUUGCGUCCGCGUUGCAGGGAUUUACGACUGCCUUGCUGUGGGUUGUCCAGGCCUCGGUCAUGCUCGCUUACCCAGAGCCUGACUUCAAAGGCAAAUUCAUCUCCAUCUGGUACGGGUCAAUCGCGGCCGGAAACUCGAUCGGUGGCGCCCUUGCUCUGGGCUUCAAUGCCAAAAACCGCGAGGCAGGGGCGAUAUCACCAGGCAUGUAG